AUGGUUACGCCAUUAUCAAAUGCGAAAUUACGUAUACCAAAAGGUUUUCAAAGUCUUUUAGUUGGUUUAUCAACUGAAAUUCUUCGAAGUCAACCAAGAAAUAUUCAUCAAUUUGCUGCUGAAUAUUUUGAAAAACUACUUCAACGAAGAGAUAUAACUGUUGAACCAGUACAACAACAACAACAACAACGAAAAUCAUCAACUAAUGUUGAUAAAUUCGCCAAUGUUCCAUUUAUUGAUUCAGAAGAAAAACCGACGACAGCUACUCCACCAUUAGCAACAGAACAAUCAAUACCAAUUAAUCAUGACAAAGAAAAUGAUGAACGAACAACAGUUAAAACAAAUUUUGAAACCAACGUAUCAUAUUCAAAUGCUGAAACAAUUGAUAAACUUAAACAAGAAGUUUAUACAUUUCUUCGAGAAAAAAUUCUUCCAAAACAUGAAGAAAAACAAAAACUUGUUGAUUAUGUACACAAACGUAUUAUUGGAAAUUCAAUAGAUAACACAGUAAUUGAUGAAAAUCUUGAGAAAUGUUUUACUGAUAUUGAACAACAUCAACAUCCAGAUAGUGAUAAUAAUAAUAAAAUAAAAAAUCGCCUAAUGAAUAUUAUAACUGUUUAUGUAGCAUCACAAUCAUCGGAUAAUUCAUUUUUAAAAGCACUUUAUGAUAAACUGGGAACAUCACUUGAUCUCAAUUCAUUAAAUGCAGAAACAAGUGAACAUGAAAUUGUUAAUGUAACAGUAACAAAAACAGUACGGCAAGUUUUUGUUGAUGCUUCAUCAUCAUUAAUACCAUCAAAUGAGAAUUCAAAUACACCAAGAAAUAUAUCCGAAAAUGUUAUACAUAUAUCAAAUAAUAAUCAUCACAUUCCGGCUGAUUUACCUGAUGAUAUACGGCGUAAAGCAGAACAAGUAUUGAAUAGUUUUAAUGAUGUUAUACAUACAAAAUAA